CACAAAACGGUCAAAUUCGGCAAUACUGCAAUUAAUCUAAUACGACCAUACUAUGAAAACAACAAUCAUUUCUUGGACCGUGCCAGUAAAGAGUCGCGCCAGAUUAGCGUGGGGACUGGGAGGGUGAGAGUUAAUGGUGGCAGCAGGAGCGCAGUCCCCCCCCCAUCUGUACCAUCUGCCGCGGCAGCAGCACGUGUCCCAGCUCUGUGGGUGCGCACAUUCACACCUGCCCAUGUGUACGCAAAGGUUACUUUGUCACCUCACUGAUGUCGUCCUCGGUCGCAAGGGCAUUGCAUUCCAGUGCUCUUGAUAAAAGUCCCAAGUUCCUGAGGACAAGUUGCAGAGAGUCGGUGAACUCAAGACGGAGAUAAGACCGAAAGGUUGUACAAUGGAGCCAAACCAACAGAGGAGCUGCGCGUCGGCGUCAAGUACUAGUGCGUCAGGCGCUAGUCACAGCAGUCAUGGGCCAGUGUGGAGACCUUGGCAUGAUGCUCCUGGGACACAUGUGAAUGUGCAGAACUCACCAGUAGUGCUGCAGCAGUUCUACAGUGACAACCAGUCCUACAUGAAUGACAAAGGGAAACUUCCAGCUUUUCAACAUCCCGUUAAGUUAUUUUGGCCCAAAUCAAGGUGCUAUGACUUCAUGUAUCAGGAAGCCGAAGAAUUAUUGAGACAUUUCCCUGUUCAAGCUACAAUAUCUCUGUACCAGGAGACAGACAGCGACAGUGACUCUGAAGAGGAAGAAAUUUGUGAUAAUUAAAACCUUUACCGUCACAGAUCAUAGUUUAAUGCAGUGGAGGAGAACUAAAUGCCUUUUAUGUAAAUUACAAGUUUCAUGGUUAUUUCUACUCAAGUGAAUUGAUGCCUUCAAUGACCUGUUACCUCUCACACUGGACUUUCUUAACAACUGAAAUUACCUCCAUGUUGGAUGCAAAUCCUUACAACUUUAUAUAAUUUUCAAACCUUUGAGGUCUAUAAAGCUGUUGCUAACUUAUGAAUGAACUAAAGCCCUCUUUUACAAAUCUAUAAUGGCGACUGACUGUAUUUUCAAGAAAAGCACUUUUUUCCUUCAGAGAGAUUAAUUUAUUUCAUUUGUUUAAUUUGUACUGCUGUAAGAUACUAUUUAUAAUAAAAAGCCCAAAUACAUAUUUAUAACCUUUCUACUCUAUCAUAUAAGCCUUCUUAGUAUUAGGAAUCACACUCUGUAUAUUCAGAGGGUUCUCCUACCUGUCUUUAUUAGCCUUUUUUAUACUAUAUACUGUAGGUCUAUUUCUUAUCCUUAACUGGAAAUACAUUUAUGGAUAGCAAAGUGAAUGAUGUCCAUUCCCAACAGUAGGUUUUACUAUGGCUGCCAUCAAUUGUACAAGGGUAUUUCAGUCAGGGGUCUGUGGGAGGAAAAGCACAGGGUUUGGGUGGUUCAUGGGCAGAUUUUUCGACAUAACUUGGGUAUGGCCAGGCAUUUUUUUACAUUGUUGCCCCAGUUUACUUGUUGGCAGGGCCCACCAUUCAGGGGGACAGGUUGACUGAUAAACUAAUAAUUGUGACUCCAUGGGGGAUGGCCCUGCUAACUAGAUUACUGAU